CUCAGUUAUAUACUAACAAGGGGAGAAUGACUGCAUUUAAAAUUUUGUUCUUUUUACUGGUUAUCUGUUUGUGCGGAUUUAAUACCAGUAAUUGUCUCGAUGCUGUUAAGUCCCUAAUUCUGACUCACCGUGACAUGGUGAAGAGGGCAGUGACAGACAAGUCAGGGUUCACCACCGAGGAGGCUACGGGAAUAGUGGAUCGGCACAACGAAUUGAGAACCUCUGAACAAAGUUCCGACAUGUUGAACAUCACCUGGAACUCAGCUCUAGAGACCAACGCUCAAACACACGCAGCUAAAUGUAACUUCACACACAGCACUGGAGAGUUCAGGUCAAAUGUGGGAGGAUUUUCUUACGCUGGAGAGAAUAUUUACGCAUCAUCAGGGACUUCUUUAAAUGUGACAAUUAUAGUGGACUACUGGUACUCUGAGAAAUCCGACUACAAUUACGACACCAAUACCUGUACUAAAGUCUGUGGCCAUUAUACUCAAGUUGUUUGGGCCAACUCUACGGCUAUCGGUUGUGGAGUCCAGUUCUGUCCAGUACUGGACAGUUCGUCAAUGAACAACAGUUACUUUGUCGUCUGCCAGUAUGGACCAGGGUACUGA